AUGGCAGCAAUUAUUAACGCUUUGUUUGGUACAUAUCCUGAACCUGAACAACAAAAUGCAACAACAAAUCAAAUCACCGUUGAAGGUACCAACGGUGUAACAACAGAACGCUUAACAACAUCUGCUGUUGCUGACGACGUUCAAGUUAAAUCAGUAAUAUCAAGUGAAACCCAAGCAAAUGCAACAAUAAAUUCAAAACUUAACAUUAAUAAUUUAUUAUCACAAUUGAACACAACACAUUCACAAGUCGAUCAAUAUUCACGUGCACGCACCGCCGAAAUCAACGAACAAGUUCAAAAAUCAAUUGCUGAUGUUCUUGCAAAUACUCAACAUUUACAAGAAGAACUCAUUACUGAUGCUAAUCGUCGCCAUUUAGUUAUUGAUAAUGAUUACAAACUUCAAUUGCAAAAAGCAGUCGAAGCAUUGGACGCUGUUAAAGCGAAGACUUUAGCUGAUUUAGAACGUGAAUUACAAGUCAAACAACAAACCAUCUUGGCUGAUGCUAAACGUCAGAUCGAUGUUUUGAAUGAGCAAGCGAAUGCUGCAAAACUACAUGCUUUAGUCGAAGCCCAAGAACAAGCUAAACAGAAUAUUUCCGAUCUUGCUGAUCAAGUUGCUAUAUUAGGUCAACAGGAUACUCAACAUUUAUUGGAAUCAAAAACAACUACAAUUAUAACUUCACAAGCACAAGCUGCAGGACAAGUCGAAUCGGUGAUUGCUAUUCAGCCAGCUACAGAAACAACGAUAACAACAAAAGAAACAAAAGUAACAGUCACAGAUACAAAUGAUGCAGUGGUCGCUGAGUGUGCUUCCGAGGCAACGACUGUAGCAUCUGAACACAAACGAAACCGACGUCAUAAGUAA